UGGUAGGGAGAAAAAAGAGAGUGGACAAAUGAAUAUGCGUGCCACACUCAUGUUACUAUGAAGGUUCGUUGCUUUCUCAACCCACUAAUCCAAGGGGACACAUGCAAAGUGGGUAUUGGGGGGUAGGAUUUAUUGUCAAACCUCAACGCCAUUGGCACGCAAAAGUCAAGGGAAAAGAGAAAAAAAAACUCUUGGGAAAAAAAAUGUUGUUGACAGUUCAUAUGAAAGAUUGAUGGGUUCUCAAAACCAGAUGAUUCGAAUGCACUUUCUUAUUCAAAAAAAAAAAAAAUAGGAAUGGAGAUAUAGUGUUUGAUGUGCACACUCACACACAUAUUUUAUCAGCAUAUGCAGUGCAUGUUUAGUGUAGCAAAGUGAUGAAAAUUGAAAAGAGUUUGUUCACUUGGUCACUCAAUUUUGCUGUUUCAGUAUCUUCCCUACAUAAUAAUGCCUGCAGGAGCUAGUGCUUUAUUAUUUCUUUUCUUUUCUUGCAUCACUCCUUUUUUUUUUUUUUCUCUCUUUCUAUUCCUUCCUAUCACUGUUUUUUCCUGCAAAGAAAACGUAAAGGAAACGCCUUUGUGCUUCCUCUCUCUCUUUAUUCAUUCAUUCAUUCACAUUCAAAAUUCUCUACUUUUUACUCAUAGCUUCAUAGAGGAAGCUGCUUCUACAAGCCAAGUAUUAUUUGGUGUCCCUUUUUUUCUUUCUCUUUCUCUCAUAGAGCUAAACUAAACUAAACCAAACCAAAAACCCCUUCCCAUAUUUUUUCACUUUACUUUUGAAGCUCCUCCAUCUGAAGAAAGCCAUGAGGGAGAGGAACAAAGGUGUGGAAGAUCAGUCUUACACCAAUGACAUGGAUUGCUACUACUACUCCACCUCUGAAUUCACACCAUGUAAGAAACACCCUUCUUCUUCUUCUUCUUCUGUUGGUAUAUGUGCUUAUUGUCUCAAGGACCGUUUGGUCAAGCUUGUGUGUUCUGAUUGUGGGGAGCAAAGGCUUUCUUCAUGUCCUUGCUCUGAUGAGAUGGCCUCUUCGCACCGCAACUCAUGCACUGUUGAGGUGGGGAGUGUUGGGAGGGUCUCAUUCCUCAUUGAGAAUGAGAAUAACAAUGAGAGUACCCCAGUGGUUCUUCAGCGUUUGAAUCACAAUAACAAGGCCAAGGAGGAUAAUAAUAAUGACGAGGAUGAGGUUGUGGUGCUGAGGAGGAGCAGCAGCAGCUGUGUUGAGAUCAAGAGGCAUCAUCAUGGUGGUGGUGGGUUUUGGAGAAUUGGGAAGCUUUUUCGGAAGAAAAAGGAUCAGAAGGGUUGUCGCAGAAGUGUUGUUGGGUUUGACGAGAGGAAUAGUGAGAUGUGGGUGGUGGAUCAUCAAGGGGGGGUGUCUAGGUCAAGGUCACUAUGCAGCUUCAGGGGUGGAGGGCUAUUUGGAUCUGAGGAUGGUGGUGAUUCAGUGUUGUCAGGUGCUAGAAGCUCAAUUUCUGCAGCUAGGAGUUCUGGUGUUAAUAUGUUGGAAUCUGGAAGAAGAAGUGGAUACAGUGAAGCUGAGCCAAGAAGGAGUGGUUUUGAUGGAGUAGAGAGGAGGGAUUUCUUGUUUGAUAGUUAUGAAAGUGGAAAUGAUCUCAAAGGUGGUGUGAAAAAGGGUGGACUAAUGGAUGGUGGUGGAGAUGGUGGUGGAUUCUACGGUGGGGUAAAUAGGCGUGUGUUUUCACUCAGAGAGAGUGAUUUCAAAGGCAUGGAUGAGUCAAGCUUUAUUGACUUGAAGCUUGAUUACUCAUCAGAAUCAAAGCACGAGUUUUCUGCUGCAAAGAUGAGCAACAAUAUGGGGGGUGAUACUUUCUCUUCUUUCAGAAAUGGGAAUUUCAUGCCACAUGAUGUUGGUGGAGGUUCUUAUGGAGGGUUGGUAGGGGAUGGAGUUUUAACCAAUGGAGGGUCAUGUAGACUCACUGUGAAUGACAGAGGAAUCAAGAGGGGAAGGAAAAGCAUGAAGGGUUGGAGGUGGAUUUUCAGAUACCAUUCAAAUUGGGGAAGCUCAAGGAAAAGAGAUGAAGACUUUAUGUUCAAAGCAUGAUAUAGUAGUAAUAGUAGCAUCAUCAAAUCAAAUACAUCUGAAAAAAAAAAAAAAUCUUCUUAGGUAGCUUCAUUAGGGUAGAGUUUUAGUCUGUGGUUUAAAUUGUCUCUAGUUUGGUCAUUAGCCAUUAUCUUUCAUCUGUACUAAUGUUUUUUCAGUAAAUGAGGAAACUUCAUACUUCUUGGAAA